AUGGCGGCUCUCCCUAUUAAAUUUCAUGAGCAUCUGCAGCUCCCCAAUGCUGGAAUUCGGGUUCCCAACAUCACAUUCUCCAAUGUCACCAUGGAAUCUGACAAAAACAUUGUCGUUCGUGAAAUGGUAAACACAGUUAAAACCUUCCUGAAUUGGAGAUCAACAACAACUGGCAAGACUCUUCAAAUUUUCAACAUUGAAUUGAAAGCAAAAGUGAAAGCCCACCAGAAUGUGGAAGAUGUAGUUUAUUGGAAAUGGAUUAGUGAUAAGUUGAUCGCUCUCGUUUCCGACACAGCAGUCUAUCAUUGGUCAAUCGAAGGAGAUGCAGCUCCAGUUAAGAUGUUCGACAGACAUCAGUCUUUGGCCGGUACUCAAAUCAUAAACUACCGUGCCGAUGCCGAAAGCAAAUGGCUCGUUCUUAUUGGUAUCUCCGCCAAAGAUUCCCGUGUUGUUGGAAGCAUGCAAUUGUACAGUACAGAAAGAAAGGUGUCGCAGCCAAUUGAAGGUCAUGCCGCCAGUUUCGUCCGAUUCAAGGUUGACGGAAAUCAACAACCAUCCAACUUGUUCUGCUUCUCCGUGAAAACAGAAACCGGAGGUAAACUUCACAUCAUUGAAGUCGGAACCCCCGCCACUGGAAAUUCACCUUUCCAAAAGAAGAAUGUUGAUGUUCCAUACACAGCUGAUACUGCGGGCGAUUUCCCAGUUUCUAUGCAGGUUUCAACCAAGCAAGGAAUCAUCUACUUGGUGACGAAGCAGGGUUACGUCCAUCUUUACGAUGUGGAAUCUGGAUUGCGCAUCUACUCAAAUCGUAUCUCGACUGAUACAGUUUUCGUCACUUGCGAGUACACAGCCACUGGAGGAAUUAUGGGAAUCAACAGAAAAGGACAAGUUCUCUCAGUUUCGAUUGAUGAGGCUAACCUGGUUCCUUUCGUCACCAACCAACUUCAAAACCCAGAUUUGGCGUUGAAGCUAGCUGUUCGAUGUGACCUUCCUGGUGCAGAGGAGUUGUUCGUCCGUAAAUUCAAUUUGCUGUUCAGCAACGGUCAAUUUGGUGAAGCUGCUAAAGUUGCCGCUUCCGCACCUCAAGGAAUUCUCCGAACUCCAGCCACUAUCCAAAAAUUCCAACAGUGCCCAUCCACCGGAUCUGGUCCUUCGCCUCUUCUUCAAUUUUUCGGUAUUCUUCUGGAUCAAGGAAAGCUGAACAAGUACGAAACCUUGGAGUUGUGCCGUCCUGUUUUGGCUCAAGGAAGAAAAGAACUGAUCACCAAGUGGCUCAAUGAGCAGAAGCUUGAAUGCUGCGAAGAGUUAGGAGAUCUCAUCAAGCCACACGAUGUCAACACUGCUUUAUCUGUCUAUCUGCGCGGAAAUGUACCACACAAAGUUGUUCAAUCCUUCGCUGAGACAGGACAAUUUGACAAGAUUGUGAUGUAUGCAAAGCGCGUCGGAUUCCAGCCAGACUACUUGUUCCAACUCCGACAAAUUCUUCGCAACUCGAAUCCAGAUAACGGAGCUAAGUUCGCUCAACUUCUUGUUUCUGAGAGUGAGAAUGGAGAGCCUCUCGCUGAUUUGUCUCAGCGAUUAUUUCAGAUCAUCGACUGCUUCAUGGAAGUUCAAGCCGUUCAGCCAUGCACCUCCUUCUUGCUUGAAGUUUUGAAAGGAGACAAGCCAGAGGAAGGACAUCUUCAAACACGACUUUUGGAGAUGAAUCUUCUUGCUGCUCCAGCUGUUGCUGAUGCUAUUUUGGCCAACAAGAUGUUCUCUCAUUAUGAUCGUGCCGCUAUCGGUCAACUCUGCGAGAAGGCUGGUCUUCUGCAAAGGGCUCUCGAGCAUUUCACUGACCUUUAUGACAUCAAGAGAACUGUCGUUCAUACUCAUUUGCUCAAACCAGAUUGGCUCGUUGGAUACUUUGGAAGUCUCUCCGUAGAAGAUUCAUUGGAAUGCCUAAAAGCCAUGCUCACUCAAAACAUUCGCCAAAACCUUCAAGUCGUCGUUCAAAUCGCUUCUAAGUACCACGAACAACUUGGAGCUGAUAAGCUGAUUGAGAUGUUCGAGACUCACAAGUCAUACGAAGGUCUCUUCUAUUUCCUCGGGUCCAUCGUCAACUUCAGCCAAGAUCCAGAGGUUCACUUCAAGUACAUCCAGGCUGCCACUCGUACUGGACAGAUUAAAGAAGUCGAGCGAAUCUGCAGAGAAUCUCAAUGCUACGAUGCGGAACGAGUCAAGAACUUCCUCAAGGAAGCUAAGCUCAACGAUCAACUCCCACUGAUCAUUGUUUGUGACCGUCACAAUAUGGUCCAUGACUUGGUUCUCUACUUGUACAGAAACCAACUACAGAAGUACAUCGAAGUCUUCGUUCAAAAGGUAAAUGCUGCCCGACUCCCAAUUGUUGUCGGAGCUCUUCUUGACGUCGACUGCAGCGAAGAUGCCAUCAAGCAGCUCAUCAUCAACACCCGAGGAAAGUUCGAUAUUGAUGAACUCGUCGAAGAAGUUGAGAAACGUAACCGACUAAAGCUCUUGAACCAUUGGCUUGAAUCGAGAAUCCAGGAGGGAGCUACUGAUGCUGCCACUCACAAUGCCAUGGCCAAGAUCUACAUCGACUCGAACAACAACCCCGAACGAUUCCUGAAGGAGAAUCCGUACUACGACAGUAAGGUUGUCGGAAAAUACUGCGAGAAGCGUGAUCCCCACUACGCAUUCCUUUCAUACGAACGAGGACAGUGUGAUGCUGAGCUUAUUAAUGUGUGCAACGAAAACUCUCUGUUCAAGAACUUGGCUAGAUAUUUGGUUAAGAGAAGAGAUUUCACUCUCUGGGAACAAGUUCUCAACGAGGAGAAUGUCUACAGAAGACAGUUGAUUGAUCAAGUCGUUCAAACUGCUCUGUCCGAAACCCAAGACCCAGAAGACAUUUCGGUGACUGUUAAAGCUUUUAUGGCUGCCGAUUUGCCGAACGAGCUCAUUGAGCUUUUGGAGAAGAUCGUUCUCGAUAACUCUGCAUUCUCUGAGCACCGAAAUCUUCAAAAUCUGCUCAUCUUGACUGCCAUGAGAGCUGACAGAACCCGUGUCAUGGAGUAUAUUCAAAAGCUGGAUAACUAUGAUGCUCCAGACAUCGCCAACAUCGCCAUUACUUCAGAGCUUUACGAGGAAGCCUUUGCUAUUUUCAAGAAGUUUGAUGUCAACUCAAGUGCCAUCAAUGUUCUCAUUGAGAAUGUUAACAAUUUGGACAGAGCUUACGAAUUCGCUGAGAAGUGUAAUCAAUCAGAUGUGUGGGCAUCACUUGCCAAGGCUCAACUCAAACAAGAUCUUGUGAAGGAAGCUGUUGAUUCAUUCAUCAAGGCAGACGAUCCAGGAGCGUACAUGGAGGUUGUCAACAAAUGCUCUCAAACGGAACACUGGGAAGAUCUUGUCCGCUAUCUUCAGAUGGCUCGCAAGAAGAGCCGCGAGUCAUACAUCGAGACCGAAUUAGUUUAUGCCCUCGCAAAAACCGGACGUCUCACUGAGUUGGAAGAGUUUAUUGCCGGACCAAAUCAUGCUCAAAUUGGUCAGAUUGGUGACCGUUGUUUUGAUAACGGAAUGUUCGACGCUGCUAAGAUCCUCUUCAACAACGUUUCGAACUUUGCCAAGCUUUCUGUUACACUUGUUCGUUUGGGAGAAUACCAAGGAGCUGUUGACGCUGCUCGCAAGGCCAAUAGCACUAAGACCUGGAAACAAGUUUGCUUCUCGUGUGUGGAGAACGGAGAGUUCCGUCUUGCUCAAAUGUGUGGGCUUCAUAUUGUUGUUCAUGCUGAUGAGCUCGAAGAAUUGAUCAAUUUCUACCAAGAUCGUGGACACUUUGAAGAACUCAUUGCUCUUCUUGAAGCUGCCUUGGGACUGGAACGCGCCCACAUGGGAAUGUUCACCGAGCUUGCUAUCCUCUACUCAAAAUACAAGCCAGAGAAGAUGCGCGAGCAUUUGGAAUUGUUCUGGAGCCGUGUCAACAUUCCAAAGGUUCUCCGUGCUGCUGAGCAAGCCCAUCUCUGGUCUGAAUUGGUAUUCUUGUAUGAUAAGUACGAGGAGUACGACAAUGCUGCUUUGACCAUGAUGCAACAUCCAACGGAAUCAUGGAGAGAGCAACACUUCAAGGAAGUCAUCGCCAAGGUGGCCAAUGUAGAGCUCUACUACAAAGCUAUGCAAUUCUACUUGGACUUCAAGCCACUUCUCCUCAAUGAUCUCCUUGCUGUUCUCUCCCCAAGAUUGGAUCAUUCUCGCACUGUUCUCUUCUUCAACAAGCUCAAGCAAAUUCCUCUCGUCAAGCCAUACCUCAGACAAGUCCAAAACUUGAACAACAAGGCUAUCAACGAAGCUUUGAACCAAUUGCUGAUUGACGAGGAAGACCAUGCCGGACUUCGUUCUUCCAUUGAGGCUCAAGACAAUUUCGACAACAUCUCCCUUGCUCAACAACUCGAGAAACACCCACUUGUCGAGUUCAGAAGAAUUUCAGCUUACUUGUUCAAGGGAAACAACCGGUGGAAGCAAUCCAUCGAGCUUUGCAAGAAAGACAAGUUGUACAAAGAUGCUAUGGAAUAUGCUGCAGAAUCGAGAAAUGGAGAGCUUGCGGAAGAGCUUCUUUCCUUCUUCCUCGAUGAAAAACUUUAUGACUGCUUUGCCGCCUCGCUUUAUCAUUGCUACGACCUCCUCCACCCUGAUGUCAUCAUGGAGCUCGCCUGGAAACACAAAAUCAUGGACUACGCCAUGCCAUACAUGAUCCAAGUGAUGAGAGAUUAUCAGACCAGACUGGAGAAAUUGGAACGUUCUGAACAUGAGCGAAAAGAGGAAAAGGCUGAGCAGCAACAGAACAAUAAAAUGACGAUGGAGCCACAGCUUAUGCUUACGUAUGGUGCUCCUGCUCCACAGAUGGGCUACCCUGGCGCUCCGGCUGGGUACGGAGGACAACCUGCUUACGGUCAGCCUGGUCAACCAGGAUUUAAUGCCCCUGGAUUUAUGUAA